AUGAAUAAUUCUACCUAUCAUGAACUGAAACGCGGGAAAAUGGAACACGCAGAUCUGGCCUACGAGAUCCAAAAGAGAGGUGCGCUUCGUGGCGCAGCUGUGUGGACUAUAGUCGGAUUCUCAUGCGUUUUUGUGGCGCAUCAUCUGCUUCCCUCGUUCAAGCGUCACACACUUGCUCUAAAGGGCUUGCUUACAGUUUCAUCCACUUGUAUCGGAAUCGUUUUCGGUGCUGAACGAGAAUUACAAAAAUACGAGCAUGAUAAGCGCAGCUAUGAUAACUUAAUUCGAAGUCGUGCUAUGCGCGAAUUAGGGCAGCGUGGUAUUCUGGCAAGUGAAACAGAAAUCAAUAAGUGGCGCGAGGAGUUAAUAAACUCAAAAAUUGCCGCUCAUAGUCAUUUCAAUUCGUCGUAG